AUGGUCUUGAAGCUCAGCUCCCACGACCCUUUGGCAACCUUGCCGCCGGAGAUUAUCCUUCGCAUUCUGGAUUUCUCGCCCGUGUCUGUGCUGGCGUCCCUCCUGGCCGUCUCAAAGGCUUGGCAUCAAUUUAUUGACGUCACCCAUCAACAUGCCAUCUACAGCUCCGAAUCCAAGACAUCCCAACCGAGUGGCACUUCUCGCGACUUAAAUUCUCUGGACCAGUCGCUGAGUAUUUCAAAAUAUUACCAAGGUACAUCCUCAUGGAAGGAAUUAUGCAAACGUCAGACAUUACUGGCCCGCAACUGGGCUGCGAAGAGCCCUGUCUGUCAUGACACCGUGUUGCAGGUUGGCAACGAUCCAAUCUGGCGCUUUCGAGUGGACCUCAAACGCCGGUUAUUCAUAUCAACCUCUCACGCGGGAGGGCUGAAUGUCACCGAUAUGGAUUCGGGUCAUAUCAUCUGGCGCCUGCCCUCGACUCUGGAUCGGGACGAGAAUGCCGUUCGUCCGUACGCUCAUUUGGAGUAUGAGGAUGGGAUGGUGGUUUUUGAUCGCGAGGGGAAUGCCGUGGAGGUCUGGAAAACUGACCUGGAAGGUUUGGCAAGGGGCGAAUUUCGGCGCAUCGCUGUCUUGAACCACGAAUAUCAGACCAGAGGCUUUCAACUGUCCUACAAUACCCUCUGUGUCGUCUCGAACGAAGGCAAGGGGUUUGUGUACGAUAUGGCACAGCAACCGCCGGUCAUGACCGCAUGUCUUGAUAUUGAACAUGGAGCCGUAGGGCAUCUGGAUCAAAACGAAGACACUGUCAUCUAUUCGAUCGGACAAAAGGGAUACUACGCGUACGACAAAAGGUCUGGCGCUUUCUUGGGUGCCCUGCGGCCCACGAGCUCAACCGAGAUAUUUCACAUCUGCGCUCCGCUUGCUGAUGCAGAUGGGGACACGGCUGCUGAGCCACGCCCCAAUUCAGCGCAAUCGUCAAGCCGACCUCGGGGUAAAGUGAUAACGCCGGUCGAGAUCAUCCAGGGUGCGCUCCCAAUCUCGGAUGAUUCCGAUUACAUACCCCAUGAAGCAGACGAGUGGGGCGCUGGAAUGUUAGACGGUGAUCUUUUUGUUGGAUUCUCUCGAGCAGGUCGAGUCUUCGUCUGUCCCGAUUGGCGUACAGUACUUCGUGAUCAAUUCGCCUCCUCUACCACUCACGGCUCUCUAAUCGAGUGCGAGUCAGAUGGGUCCAGUUUUGACCUGGGCGGCUGGCUGGCAAUUCGUCAUCACCGCUUACUCUUCGAGAUCCAAGAUCGUGUAUAUGUUGUAUCCUUGGGUCGCGACAAUCAUGUGAAAGACAAGACGCACGCAGAAAGUGCAUCCUUCUCGAUCUUGACCAGCUCUGCUCCACAGCUUGCAGUUCCUGUCAGCUACAUGACCCUUUGCGACGAUGCUAUUUUGACUACGUAUACUACUCUUGCUUGGAGACAGCCAAUUCCGAACAUCCCAGGCAAUCAUCGGGGACAACGAGAGGAAAAUUCCCCGCUGAUUUUCCCGACAAAAGCUAUCCGCAUCUUGAGUAUGGCUCCAGAGAUUUCCGAACAGGCUUCGAGUGAUUCGGAUGAAACCAACAAUCGCUCCGAGUCUCUGAAUUUGAAAGCCAGAUCCGGUCCAGGCCAGCCUACAGAGCAGGUGUGGCAGUCGCACGAUGUUUCGUUCCAAAUGGCCAGUCUCCUGGAAGACAAUCUGCCAGAUUGGGAAGACGAGGAAUUCGUGUCUGAUCAGGAGGGCACGGAGUGA